GCUGAGCUUGUGCAGGAGGUUAAGUGGUACCAGCUAGAAACAGUCAGGCUCACCUCCACACACCGCUUGGGCUCUGGAACCCAACUCCUUGAGAGGGGCUGGACUCUAUCCUACUCUGGAGUUGCCCAUGCCCCAGCUCAGGUGCCAUGUGUUGGAGUUUUACCCAGUAGACAAAAGGGUUGCUUCCCUGUGCCUUCAGGUCGGAGAUAGUUCAGGCACGAAUGGCAGUGUGGAGUACUCAGCCUUCUUGGGGUCUCUAGAGGGAGUGUUGGAAAGCGCUCCAACUGGAGACCCCACCCCUCUGCUGGAGGAUUUCAACGGCUACGUGGGCAAUGACAGUGACACCUGGAGAGAUGUAAUUGGAAGGAAUGGCCUCCCUGAUCCCUGAACAUAAACGGUGUCCAUCAGUGCACAUGGCACCAGGAUACCCUAGGCUGGAGGUCGACGAUAGACUUUGUAAUCGAGCCACCUGACUUUCGGCCAUUUUUCGGACACACCGGUAAAGAGAGGGGCUGAGCUGUCAACUGAUCACCACCUGGUGGUGAGUAGGAUCCGCUGGCAGGUACAGAGGCUGGAAUGACUUGGCAGGAUCAAACAUAUCCAUAUAUCGAGGGUCUUUUGGAGACAUCUGGCCAAACUCUCUGUCAGAGGGAUCUUUAAUUCACACCUCCGGAGGAGCUUAGAAUAGAUUUCGAGGGAGGCUGGAGACAUUGAGUCUGAGUGGACCAUGUUCUCCACCUCCAUUGUCAAAGCGGCCGUUCGGAGCUGUGGACGGAAGGUCUCCGGUGCCUGUUGUGGUGGCAAUCCCUGAACCCGGUGGGGAUUGCCAGAGGUAAGGGAUGCCAUCAAGCUGAGGAAUGUCACAGUCCAGGUCAUUCAAUUACUGUUUACAUUCAUUUCCGGUUUUUAUUUUGCUACCACUUCUUGUUCAGUGCCCAUGAUUUCAGUUCCAGCUCCGUCUCUAGUUAACUCACCUGUGUCCCAUUAGUAAUCUACUCACCUGUAAUCCAUCAUCAUUUCACCUCUGUAUUUAAGCACCAGCUCUUUCCCUGCCCAGUGCCAGAUGUGUGUACGAGCCAGCAUUCCAGCAUUAUACCUCAUAGCUUGAUCCGUGAAUGACCCUGCUUUCCCUGACCUUGUCUACUGCCUUGCCUUUGAUCCUGCCUUGCCAUUACCGGAGGAUCUUCGUUGAUGUUUCGCGGAGCUCGCAAAGGAAUACGCAGAGGCUCCCAGCAUGAGGGCACGGCUCUGUGUGGUGAAUCUGGCGGUGAGAAUCCUCAAGGAGGAGCACUGGUGGGUUCACUACCCUGGGGUAAGGGCGCUGUUUGCCAGGCUCCAGGCUUUGCAGGCAGACUUGAAACGCGCUCGGCGCACGGCGUCCGCCCGCGAUUCACCAGUUGCUUUCGCCACCGCUCUUCCCGUCGCCGCUCCAUCGGCUGAAAUCCCUGUCGCCGCUCCGUCGGCUGAAAUCCCUGUCGCCACUCCGUCGGCUGAAAUCCCUGUCACUGCUAUGUCGGCUGAGAUCCCUGUCCCCGCUUUGCCGGCUCAAAUCCAUGUUACUGUCGCCGCUCCGCUAGCUCAGACCCCUGCCUCCGCCUUGACCACGGAGAAAAGGGAACCAACUCCCCAUCGUCGGCUCCCUAGAACCCGUCGGCGGAGUCCCAGGUCUGAUGCCCACUCUUGCAGGGGUUCGGGUUCAGGUUCUGGGACCAAGGCUCCGUUUCCUCCGGCUAAGGGUUCCUCCUAUUACCCAGAGGACACCCCCACCUUCAUUCCCGGCAUGUCUGACAGCCUGUUCGCCAGGAUCUGCCGCCAGUGCUCACCCCCAGUUGUGUUCCUCCUGGCACAUUUCCUGGAUUCUGCCAGCACCACCACUGAUCCAGAGUCCAGACAAUAUCGGCGGCUCGGUUCUCAGGGUUCCCGCGCUGUAUGAGGCCUGGAGUUAUGCGGAACCACAAGCGGGCCAGCCCCUGUGCUCCAGUCUGCGUCAGUCCCCGUGCCACGGUCCGCGCCAGUCCCCGUGCCACGGUCCGCACCAGCCUCUGUGCCACAGCCUACAAGCACCACAGGCCCCUCACCUGCCUUGACCUCUGUUGCUUCCCGGCCAAGCCCAGCUCUGGCCCAGUCAAGCCAGGCUUCUGUCCGGUCGAGCUCCCCUGCCGCCCAGCCAAACCAGGUCUCUACACCUGUCCCAGUUGGUCCCAGAGAGGACGCCAAUCCUGCCCUUGUCGGCCCUGAAGAAGCGGCCGUUCCAGCCCCUGUUGGCUCCAGUGAAGAGGCCGUUCCUGUCGGCUCCAGUUAUGACACCGUUCCUCACUGGAGGAGGUCGUUUCUGCUGCAGCUUCGGCUGCAGUUCCUGUCAGCCUCCAGGAGGAGGUCGUUCCUGGUGGUCCUGCAGGGUAUAUUAUAUUGAAUUUAUAUAUUGAAAUUCUGCAUUACAUGCUUUGUGCAAAACAUCAUAAGAAGCAAGAUCAAGAGGAGAUCAGCCACUAAGUCAAAAAUCUGAGCAAAAUGCACAAAUGCCAGGUAUCCCACAUUUUUGAGAACUGCAGUUUCUCUCACUGCUACAGCUGUGGGAUCAAAAUGUAAUUCCACCUAAAUAAAAUACCUUCUUCAGACUAAUCAAAUAAAGCUAGACACUAUUUAAGACUUCUACAGAUCAUUAAAGCUGAAGUGUAGGAGCAGUAUCAAGGUCAGUCAAGUCUUUUUUAUGUUCACCUUGCUCCCACAUUGCUGACCCCAUGGGGUUUCGCUCUGUUCUUUCCUGUGAUGGGAGGGGUGACCUCCUCACAUACACAUAGUUCCAGCAAUGACUGUGCAGAAUACAAACUUGGAGAAACAUGAGGUCUUUGCUGCUUACCCUGCCAUCAACUAUUGAAGGCUUCCUAUUAAUUCCUCAACUGUAAAAAACAUUUUGCUUACACCUGUUAUGCAAAUGGUUGGCCUUAACCCAGGAACAAAUAGAUCAGCAAAUCAUUUAAAAUGUGAUCAGUGUAUUGAGAGCAAAUUAUAUUCUAUAGCAGUAGCAACAAUAUUGUGUUCAUCAAUAGCAAUGCAUUUAGUGGAACAAUACUGUGAAUGUUUGCUAAUAAAAAAGAUGUUGUUCUCCUG